GCGCAUUGACGCCCAUCCUCAGCAGCGGCAACUUGGCGCCGUGAGCCGUUCCAAGUCAAACUGAACCGGGCCGAGGAGCGGGUCCGAAGCGCCGCUGCCAUGCUCGCGACUUGGGUCUCGGGGGCGCCGCCGUCGCCGGUUCUCUUCCUCCUCGUCGUCGUCCACCGCGCAACUCCGAGCGACGCCGAGACGGUGUGCGAGUGCAGCAGGAAGUGGCCGUGUCAUUGCGACGGGGUCAAAGGGCAGAAGGGCGAGGCCGGUCGCCCGGGAUACGACGGCCUUCCCGGACUCGUCGGUUACCCCGGCAACGAGGGCGGCCAAGGACCGGAGGGACUCGAGGGUCAACGCGGCUUCGCGGGAAGUGUCGGCCUGAAAGGCUCUCGGGGUCUUCCUGGGCCGUCCGGUUUUCCAGGACCUCCGGGUCUCCCCGGACUUCCGGGUCGGGAAGGCUCAACGGGCCGGGCCGGACUGCCAGGGUGCAACGGAACCAAGGGUCAAGACGGCUUUGGGGGUUUCCCCGGAAUCCCGGGCCAGCCCGGCCCGCGAGGUCUCGCCGGGCCGCGAGGAGAAAAGGGAGACUCGCCGGUCUUUCCGGCUUCUGCGGGCAUCAAAGGCGUACGAGGACCACGAGGGCCGAAUGGAGAGCAGGGCCAGAGCGGAGAACCGGGCGCGACGGGCUCGCCGGGACCCGCCGGACCUGCCGGACUUCCUGGACGUCCGGGGUUGCCGGGCUUACCGGGAGAGAAGGGUCAAGAGGGUCCCAGUCCAGUCAGUCGCGGUCCAACGGGCCCAAAGGGAGAUCGCGGACCUGCCGGCAUUCCUGGACAAAAGGGAAUCAAGUUGUACGCUGAGGGGCCCAAAGAGCUCAAGGGCGAGCCGGGCGACGUCGGAGAAAAGGGAUGCGCCGGACCUCCUGGUCCGGAGGGAAGAUCGGGAAGCCGAGGCCAGCGCGGCCGGCGGGGGGAGCCCGGCGCACCGGGAAAACCGGGAAAGGACGGCGCCAUAGGAGAAAUGGGCCAACCGGGGGACCCGGGCCCCCGUGGCUUUGUGGGGCCCCCGGGCAUCGACGGGGGACAGGGCGAGAAAGGCAACUUUGGCCCCGAUGGUCCUCCAGGCGAGCUAUUUUGGAAGCACGUCUUUGUAAAAGGCCAGACCGGGACCCCCGGGCCUGCCGGACCGCCGGGAGCCCCCGGAGAGCCAGGACUUGUGGGCUUUCCCGGACUGCAAGGCCUGCAAGGGGAGGGUCCUCCGGGUCCGGCGGGUCCUCGGGGGCCACCGGGGUUUCCAGGACCUAAAGGAGAGCGAGGGGAGCCCGGGCCCGUUAUCGUCGGGCCUCCGGGACCGAACGGCGUACCGGGAGGUCCUGGAGCGGAAGGAGAACCGGGAGAACCCGGAUUCCCAGACUACCUACAAGGCGGCGUCGGACCUCCGGGGCCCAAAGGUCGGAAAGGCGCGAGCGGACCUCCCGGGACCCGAGGACAAGAAGGACCGGAAGGCGAGAAGGGCGACAUGUGUUUGCGCUGUCCCGUUGGCGGGGGGCCGCCCGGACCUCCGGGGGAACCGGGUGCGGACGGGCCCAAAGGUGCACUUGGUUCUCCGGGAUCCAAAGGUGAAAGAGGUCAGAAAGGUAUCGCCGGAACACCUGGCCCACCGGGCGUCUUCGGUGUCCCGGGACGACCGGGAUGUCCCGGCUUAACGGGCGACCCUGGCAUCAUGAGGAGGUUUGGGCAGAAGGGCGAAGUCGGGGCCCCGGGAGACUUUGGAGUUCCGGGCCUCGAUGGUACAGAUGGGCUCCCUGGAGUCCCGGGACCGAAAGGCAGUCGGGGACUGAAGGGAAACCCUGGACCUCCAGGACCCAAAGGUGACAGCGGUCCUGUUGGAGUGACCGGGUUCAGAGGGCCAACUGGACAAAUGGGGCCACCGGGGCCUCCAGGCAUCGGUGCUCCUGGACCGCCAGGGCCACCAGGGAAUGUGGGAGUAUGGGGCUAUCCGGGUGACCCUGGUAAACCAGGAGAAAAGGGUUCUCCUGGUGAAUUCCAAACCAGUCCGGGAGAUCCAGGUCAGAAAGGAGUGAAGGGUUCUUCUGGGACUCCUGGAUCUGAAGGUGUGAUGGGUCCUCCUGGAAAUCUGGGGUCGCUCGGCCUGAAAGGAGAAAAGGGACAAAAGGGAUUCUCUGUCCAGGGUCCUCCGGGCUUUCCGGGAAUCAAAGGAUUCAAAGGCCUGGCAGGUGAUCCCGGUGUGCCAAGUUAUGGGAGUAAGGGGCGCUCCGGACCCUCGGGACCCCCGGGAAGACCUGGCUCCAAGGGCAAUGCUGGCUUUGGCUCUCCAGGUCAGCAGGGCCAAUCGGGGCCCAGAGGAGCAGAAGGCUCUGUGGGAGCGCCGGGGUGUGAAGGCCCCCAAGGAGCUAUUGGACUUCCAGGAUCUGUAGGACAAGAUGGAGUACCAGGUCCCAGAGGUUCCCGGGGUCUAGAUGGGCUUCCUGGACCGCCGGGCCCAAUAGGACCUUGCUUUCUCGGCGCACCUGGACCUGUGGGACAGCAGGGGCCUACCGGAGUCAUCGGCUUCACAGGAAGCCAAGGUCUAAAGGGUGGGAGAGGUGAUCCUGGGCUUCCAGGCGUAGGAGCUAUUGGGCCACAAGGACCAUUUGGAGUCCCGGGGUUUGAUGGAACUCCAGGUUUACAGGGAAGCAUCGGUUUGAAAGGACAGACUGGGAUCGCCGGUCAGCCAGGAAGUGCAGGUAUCGGGGGCGAUUCUGGUCCCCCGGGGCCCUUCGGGAGGCCGGGGGACCUAGGGAAACCAGGAGAGCCUGGGAGUCCUGGCCCAAAAGGUCAGGAAGGUGCGAGCGGUUCCCCGGGCUCUCGAGGGCCACCCGGGCUCCAGGGAGACCGAGGGGAGACGGGACUCCAAGGAUCACCGACAACUGUGCGAAUGUACGGAGACCCUGGAGAUCCUGGAGAGCCCGGAACUCUCGGUCAGACCGGCGCCAAAGGCAAUCAAGGGAGCCGGGGGCGUCCGGGUUUGGACGGCACCAAUGGCAGACCAGGAAGACCUGGACCUCAAGGACCUCCUGGAGAACCAGGGAGAGAUGGAGAGACUGGUCCCCCUGGAUUCCGUGGUCUCCCUGGCAACCCAGGUGACCUUGGAAGACCAGGUUGUAAAGGUGAAAAGGGUUCUGCGGGGCCCUGCGGAGAACCUGGUUUUGAUGGAAACGAAGGACUGGAGGGACUGAAAGGUGCAAAAGGGGAACCCAGUAUACCCACACCUGGACCUAACGGAUAUCCAGGAGAAAAGGGACAGUCCGGUUGCACAGGUCCUGCAGGUCUAAAGGGGAUUCAGGGUGACCGAGGAGAAUUUGGUCCUCCUGGCGAUCGUGGUCCACGUGGGCCUAAAGGAAAUGCUGGGCCACCUGGUUACAGAGGUCCUCCAGGUUCUCCUGGUGAGAAAGCUUGUGAUGGAGCUCCGGGAGUCAGCGGACCUGCAGGACCUACCGGCCUUACAGGUAACAAGGGGGCCCCUGGAGAGCCGGGUUCAUCUGGAACCAGAGGAAACCAGGGACAGGAUGGCAUACCGGGACCUGCUGGAGGAAAAGGAGCCAUGGGAGAACCUGGAAUCGGAUCCAGGGGUGUAGAGGGGACAAAAGGUCCACCAGGCUGUGUUGGCGAAAAGGGACCACCUGGUGCUUGUGGUCAUCCAGGCCCUUCUGGUCCCGAAGGAAACCCAGGUUGUCCCGGUGCACCCGGAUCUCCUGGACCUCGUGGUCUUCGUGGCAGUCAGGGACCCUGCACAGAAGGAGACAAAGGAGGAAAAGGCCUGCCGGGAGAACGAGGGCCAAGAGGACUACCGGGGUGUCGAGGCCCCCCCGGACCGCAAGGUUCUGGUCUUAAGGGAGACAAGGGAUCUAAAGGGGCAACGGGUAACGCAGGAAGUCCUGGUUGCCGUGGUGAUCCUGGCCCCCAAGGCAGUCCGGGUCUGGACGGAGCACCGGGAGCACCAGGACCCAAAGGCCUGGUGGGGGAUACCGGGGUUACCGGACCUGCUGGCACGAAGGGUGACGACGGUCUCGCCGGCAUCAAAGGUUCUCGCGGACCUGCGGGACCUACAGGGAGACAAGGACCGAGGGGUAAGGAUGUGUCCCGGGAGGUGGUGAUCUUAGCAGGAGACCAAGGUUUGCCUGGAGGUCAGGGACCACCGGGACUGCCAGGGACCCCGGGAAUGCGAGGGAGAACCGGUGCUCCAGGUCCCAAAGGAGGGCGAGGGGGUGCCGGCCGGACGGGCGGGCCUGGUUUUACAGGGCCGAAAGGGGACGUCGGAGACAGAGGAGACGUUGGGAAAAAAGGUGUGGCGGGCCCGCAAGGUCCCACAGGUGGCAAGGGCGCACGGGGUCCCCCGGGUCCUUGCGUGGACGCCCCCGAGAAAGACGGCUUCCUAUUCAGCCGACACAGUCAGAACGUUCUGGUACCGGAUUGCCCUCCCGGGUCCGUGGAGGUGUACAGCGGCUUCUCCCUGCUCUUCAUCAACGGGAACAACCGAGCUCACGGACAGGACUUGGGUGCUCUCGGUAGCUGCUUACCCCGCUUUAGCACCAUGCCGUUCCUCUUCUGCAACACGGACAGCACCUGCCGUUACGCCGCACGCAACGACUACUCGUAUUGGCUGUCUACCGACCAAUCGGGGCUCAGCGCCGCGCCCUUCAUCUCGGGCCCGUCGCUGAAGGAUUACAUCAGCCGAUGUACGGUGUGCGAGUCGGCGGCGAACGUGAUGGCGGUCCACAGUCAGACGCGCCUGCUUCCCGAGUGUCCUUCCGGUUGGGAUUCUCUGUGGUCCGGCUUCUCCUUCGUCAUGGAAACGGGAGUCGGGGCGGAGGGUUCGGGACAGCCGCUGUCGUCGCCCGGAUCCUGUCUGGAGAACUUCCGCAAGAUUCCGUUCAUCGAGUGUCACGGCAGAGGGACGUGUAAUUUCUACACCGACUCAUACUCGUACUGGCUGGCCGCUCUGGACCCACGCCACAUGUUCAGCAAACCGAAGCCUCGGACCGACGCCGGGGACCUUCCGGAAGAUUUGAUCAGCCGUUGCAGAGUUUGCUCCAAGCGCCUGUAAAUGACCGACGAGAACAACGGAGAGGACCGACCGCGUCGUCGUCAACGCCGGCGACCUCGCAGCCGUACGAAGACAAGCUAGCUCCGAAACUCCCGACGCCGCCGAUCGCGAGGACACCCAAGGCGGCUCCUCCACAUAUGAGUUGACCGUGCUCAGAACUCCAAAAUGUCCCUCAAAUCAUUGAAGUGAAACCACGGACACGGUCCUCGGUGCUGGAUUUCGGCCUCGCUACUUACGUGCAGCGAUUUGUCCAGAUUUUGUCGAUAUUAACGGACAACAGAUGAUGAACUUCCUCAAUUCCUUGCAACUUUUGGACAAUUUUCUCAGGCACUUGUUGCCAAAGAGGUGAAGCUUGCCCCCCCCCCCCCCCCCCAGGCGAGCUCCUUCUCUAGCCAAUCAACCCGACCUGUGAGCGUUCCCCAACUUUUUUUUUCCAUGAAUAUUUGUGACAAACAAUCGAGUUUGAACAUGAAACGUUGGGACCUCUGUAGUGCAAAUCAUUGUCCAGUUUUGUGUUUUUACGGAUCUUUAGCACAACGUCCCGACUUGAUUGGAAUUUAGCUCGUGUGUUAGCAUUAAGCUGUCGAAAAGCCGGCCUUCCUCAACGGCGGGAGCGAGCGCCAUUGGCAGGAAGUCGCCGAAGCAGAAGUUUCCAUUGGCGAUCACGACUUCCCCGAAUGUGAUCCCAGGGAAAAAGCGAGAUCGCGGCGCCGUGUCAUCAGAGGCCGCUCACGCUCGACGCUAGCGGCUCCUUAGCGACGGCGGCGUAUUAAUUUGUCGCCGUGGUGACUGGCUGUCGUCAGGACGUGUUCAUUAGCGGGCGGUCGGCGGCCAGGCGGGGGACCGUACUCACCCCAAUAAAGUCUUGAGGGGUUUUUUUUUUUGCUCUCCCGCCGGCUUCUGCUUUCUUCAAACAUUAACCGUAAUGUCAACAUGUGGGGGUGGAAACAGGCGACUCAUUAAUGCCCAUUCUCAAACACUUAAUCCACUUGAUGCA